AUGACGCUCAAGUACAGCAUCGCUGGCUGUUCAGAGCACAGCGGCCGCUACAUCGCGGAGAACAUACUGGAAGACAAGCCUAUGGACCAGACGAGUAGAUGGAGCGGGGCACACCAGUCGCCUAAUGUGACUCAAUGGGUGCUACUCCGCUUGGACGAUCUGGCUGUACUCAAAAGUAUCACGUUCGGGAAGUUUUACAAACCACAUCCAUGCAACAUGAAAGAGUUCAAAGUUUACGUGGGACUGUCUGAGGAGAACAUGACCGAGGUUUUGCGUGCGGCAUUGAAGAACGAUUCAACAAGCGAGACAUUCUCAAUCCGGUAUACGAACAACGCCGGUGUUUGUUUCCCCACGCGCUUUGUGAAGAUCGUUCCAUUGACAGUUCACGCUCAAAGUUUCCAUACAUCUAUAUGGCAUGUCUCUGUGUCGGGAAUCAUCGAUCAGCCUUUCGUGCAACAAAUAUGUGCUAGAUAUGAUGAGUACCGUGAAGCGUCGAUGCUUCGACAUGUUCUCAAACACCUCCGUCAACGACGGUUCCUGACUCCAUUCCAUGACAUUCUCGACCGAUCCAGCGUGCAGCUCGAGCAUCCACUAAUCAGCACCCUAUAUGAUAGCCUGGUUCUCAACGGCGAUUGGUCAGCUACUGAGCGAAUCGUCCAUUCGUUGUCCUCCUCUGGUCUGCUGGACUCGUACCGUUACGCAUGCCAGCCGCGAGCUCAUUGGACACGAUUGCAUGGCCUGGAUGCCGAUGGUGAUGUGCCAAGUCGCCGAAGUGGCCAUGCGAUGUGCAUGGACGAGAAGAACGGGCUGAUCUACCUCCUCGGUGGAUGGGAAGGCCAGCGCAGUCUCGACGAUUUCUGGAUGUACAACGUGCACGAGGAUACCUGGCGCUUGUUGAGCAUCGCUACUUCGCGUGACAGAAACGGACCGGGUCCCAGAUCUUGCCAUAAGAUGGUGUUUGAUGCGAAGACCGGAUGCAUCUACGUGCUUGGGCGGUUGGGAGACGGAGAUGCAUUGGAGCCUGCGGAGGCGCCACCCGAAGGUACGGAUACGCUGCCUAGUAGCCCGACGCAGCGGGAAGCUACAGCUGCUGCUGCGGAGGACUCGAGGCAUGCGGCUGAUACACCCAUGCCUUGGUCGCCGCGAUCAUCCGAAUUCUAUCGAUAUCACACCCGCGGUCUUGACGCUGGGAGGUGGGACCUGUUGUCGCUUGAUACAGUGACCGCUGGUGGACCGUGCUUGAUAUUUGACCACCAAAUGGUGAUGGAUUCGGAAGCGCAGGUGAUCUACGUUUUUGGUGGCCGUGUUGUCGAUGGCGCAUGGAAAGCGCCGAAAUACUCCGGAUUCUACGCUUAUGACAUUCGUACCGGUUGCUGGGAGAUGUUACCGGUCUCCGAUGCGAGCGGUGUGCAACCGUUCAUUCCUCUUAGAUAUGGUCAUUCGAUGCUACUCGAACCCAAGACGCACACCCUGUUCAUCUUCGCAGGGCAGCGGGACGAGAGGUACCUUUCUGAUAUGUAUGCCUACCACAUCCCGUCCAGGACCGUUACCGAGCUCUUCCCGAACUUCACUGCUGCUGGAGGCCCGGAAGCAUCCUUCACUCAACGGGCCGUCAUUGAUCCCGAUCUGCGUGAGAUAUAUGUAUUCUGCGGACUCACACGUUCGCCUAGCACACGGACCGUCCUCGAAACCGAGGCUCCGAACUGGAUAUACCGCUACGACCACCCCGGCCGUCCUGGAAAGUGGAAAGAAAUCCUAUCCACGGAUUCCACUCCCACUUCCGGCUACCGCUUACACGACACGAAUGCAGAGAUGCCACAGUCUCGCUAUGCGCACCAAGUGGUAUAUGACACGGGAUCGAAGGUCAUCUACAUGCAUGGUGGCAAUGCGGGCUUGGCGCCGGAGGGGGACGGUAAUGAGAGUGCUAUAGACAUCGGAGAUGAGCGUGGACUGCCGCUGGAAGGCCCAAGGGCAGAGAAGGAAAUUCGUCUGGAUGACUUGUGGAAGAUGACACUGGAACGACCUCCACUCGAUGAUAUUGUGAGACGAGCGACAUACACAAUCCGGCAGCAACGAUGUCGCGAGCUGUGCGAGGAUGUCUCAACAGUCAGAGCGCUCGCAUUUCUGCAAUCUGAGGUGGCAUCAGUCGUGAACCAGAAUGAUCCGGAAGAGGCGCAAUUAUUCCGAUCACUUCUUGCACACUUGUUGACUGCUCCGCCACAGCUUGAACCCUCCAAUGGCACAAAGGCAUCUGGAGCGGAACCAGAAUCGGAUGUACCCUCUGAGCCACUACCGGAGCAAGAGGAAGACGAAGAGAUGGAGGACGCAACUGGACACGAGGAAGAUGUGGGCGGAAAGUCAAAAUCCGCUGGACCCAUCAUCCGUUUGGACAAGGAUCCGAUGGAGAAGGCAUCAGAUGGAAGAUCACCUCCCUCUGCAGUGAGAUUCAAACAGCGAACAGAGGUAUUCGAGAAGUUACUCAUAUUCGUCAACGAGGAUGCGAAACAGCCGGAUGCAAAUCUGCUAGACAUGGUCCAUAUUGACGUCAAGGAGUGA